CUCUUUGGGUGCUGACAUUUGCAGGCUGCCCUCCUGAUUGGUCCCUUCGCUGAGCUGCUCACGGGUUCACUGAAGUGUUAAGCACCUCCCCGUCUCUCUAAAGGACAUUAUAAUGCAAGAGACCCCCUUUUUAACCACACACCGAAUUUUCUUUCAUUUAGGCGAUCUAUAUAUAAAUAUAUAUCUAUAAGCUUGAGAGAGAGCGAGAUCCGGUGCAACUUUUUUUUUCCAUAAAAAAAACCCACCACCAACCGCUAAAAUUUGGGGGGGUACAGCUUUCGCCCUGGAGCGGUGCGCGAUGCUCUCUCACGCCGACCUCCUGGACGCCCGGCUCGGGAUGAAAGACGCCGCCGAGCUGCUGGGCCACCGGGAGGCGGUGAAGUGCCGCUUGGGCGUCGGAGGCUCGGAACCCGGAGGCCACCCGGGCGACCUGGCUGCCAGCGCGGACUCGGUGGAAGGCUCCACGCUGCUGCCCGGCGACGACAUCUCCGCCGUGGGCUCCACGCCCGGCGCGCUCUCGGUCGGCGCCAAGGACCCGGACAAGCAGCAGGGUCAGCCCGGCGGCGGCGGAGGCGGCGGCGGCGGCCAGAACCCCGGCCAGGCCGGCCAGCAGCAGGGCCAGCAGAAGCAGAAGCGGCACCGGACGCGCUUCACGCCCGCGCAGCUCAACGAGCUGGAGAGGAGCUUCGCCAAGACGCACUACCCGGACAUCUUCAUGCGCGAGGAGCUGGCCCUGCGCAUCGGCCUCACCGAGUCCCGGGUCCAGGUGUGGUUCCAGAACCGGCGGGCCAAGUGGAAGAAGCGCAAGAAGACGACCAACGUGUUCCGCGCCCCCGGCACGCUGCUCCCCACGCCGGGCCUGCCCCAGUUCCCCUCCGCCGCCGCUGCCGCCGCCGCCGCCAUGGGCGACAGCCUCUGCUCUUUCCACGCCAACGACACGCGCUGGGCCGCGGCGGGCAUGCCGGGCGUGUCGCAGCUGCCCCUGCCGCCGGCGCUGGGCCGGCAGCAGGCCAUGGCGCAGUCGCUGUCGCAGUGCAGCCUGGCGGCGGGGCCCCCGCCCAACUCCAUGGGCUUGUCCAACAGCCUGGCGGGCUCCAACGGCGCCGGCCUGCAGUCGCACCUCUACCAGCCCGCCUUCCCCGGGAUGGUCCCCGCCUCCCUGCCCGGCCCCAGCAACGUGACGGGCUCGCCGCAGCUCUGCAGCUCCCCGGACAGCAGCGACGUGUGGCGGGGAACCAGCAUCGCCUCCCUCCGCCGAAAGGCGCUAGAGCACACAGUCUCCAUGAGCUUCACCUAAUGGCGUCUCCUUCCCGCCUUCCCAGCCAGCCAGCAGCCUGCCCCCAGCCGCGCCUCCCGCUUUCCCGCCCUUUUUGCUUCUUCUAAUUCCUCCUCUUCUUCACCUCAGCCCUGCCCUCACUCCCCACUCCCGCCAUUUUUUUGUACUUAAAAGAGGGAGGGGGAACAAACAAAACACUUACCAGGGAGUCGACUCAGGAUCAGAAGUGAGUGGACUGGUUUGCGGGCAGAGUUUAAGAGUGGUCGUCCAAAUAACACGACCCAGGCAAGCGCACGCACACAUAAAAACAUACAGACAAGGAACACGCUCACCCCAACCGCCGCCUACUGUGCUCCAAGGGCGGAAACACAAUCGACGUGUGUCUUAAUAAGGAUUUGAGAGAUAUUCAACCUGACAAAAGGACUCGUUGGAUCUCCUCCUUUAAUUUACCCCCCAAGUUCCAAGCCCGCACAGCCAAAUUCAGAUCCAGGCAUCUGUUGGGCUUUUAUUUUUUUAUACAAAACACCAAAACAAAAAGCCACCUCAUGUAGAAAGACAGUAUACAAUGUGUGCAUGUGCGUGUACAAAUUAAAAGAUGAAAGUUGGUUGCAGGGGUUUUGAUAGAAAGGUUUUCUUAACGGGCAAGUUUGGCCUUCGGGUGGCUGCGAGGCAAGAAUAGUGGUCAGGAUGCGAAGCGUGAAGGGGAAAUUGAACCGAUUUUGAUAAAAGCAUUUUUAAGCGAAUUUUUUGGGGGGCGGGGGAGGGAUUCAAACAAUUUUUAAAAAAGAACCCACUCCAAACACUUCCUAUUACUCUUUUUUCUUUUUGUGGGCAUUUUGAUUUCUUUGUUUCGGUUAUUGCUGUCCCUCCAGUUUCUCUUGUUGCCCUCCCUCUCCGAGCAGCAGGCUGAUAGAUAGAUGCCUGGCGCACGUGGACUUGAGACAUCUCCAACCUGGCAAAGACUUUGUACAGAUAAAACAAUCAGCUAUUUUUUUCUCCCUUUCUGCAUGUGCUGGUCCAAUCCCAGAGAACAGAAGCAAUUUCGAAGAAUGAACAAACAACGUGAAAUAGGAUGUUUUGUGUAGAUAAAGCAUUCUUGUUACAUACUGGUCGAUUUGUGAUAUGUUAAAAGAAAAAAGAAAAGAAAA